CCUGUUUCUACUGUUUAGUCCAGUCCAGUCCAGUCAACACAAGAGAGGUGCAUUUUUUAGGGAGGAGGAGGCAUAGGAAAAAUUUCGAAAUUCCAAAAAUUUCGAUUUUCCCACCCAAAGUUCCGAAAUCAAACCGCCCUUUUGUUUCGCAUUCCUAAAAUUCGAAACCCCACACAUUUUAAAACCCAAAAAGAAAUUACCCAAACACAGUAUUUCCCGUUCCUGAAGCAACUGUUCGUCCCUUCUACGCUCUCCCCCCUUUUCAUCUUCUUGUUCUUCCUCGUAUCCAAGUCGCUGAUUCAGCCGAUGGCAGGAAAAGGAGGGAAAGGGCUUUUGGCAGCGAAGACCACCGCCGCUAACAAGGACAAAGAUAAGGAGAAGGACAAGAAGAGACCCACCUCCAGAUCUUCUCGCGCUGGUAUCCAGCAGUUUCCUGUUGGUCGAAUUCAUCGCCAUCUCAAGCAGAGGAUUGCUGCUCAUGGCCGAGUUGGGGCUACUGCUGCUGUGUACUUGGCCUCAAUCCUCGAGUACCUUACUGCUGAGGUUCUUGAGCUUGCUGGGAAUGCAAGCAAGGACUUGAAAGUGAAGAGAAUCACGCCCAGGCAUCUCCAGCUGGCCAUUCGAGGAGAUGAGGAGCUCGACACGCUCAUCAAAGGUACCAUUGCUGGUGGUGGUGUCAUCCCUCACAUCCACAAGUCUCUCAUCAACAAGACCAGCAAGGAGUGAGAGAGAGAGCUCUCUCGCUUUUGUUUAUCUUUUUCCUGUAGCCUCUGUCAAGCUGGAGCUAGGGCUUAGUUGUGUGAAGCUAUUAUUAUGUUGUUUAGGGUUAAUUUGUCAAGUCUUCUCUGAUGUUUCAUUUGCUAGUGUUCUUCUCAUGGCUGUUGGUGUAGUAGUACAUAGAAUCUUUAACCUGUAGGGUUGUACUUCUAGACUAGAACUGGAAUCUUCUAUUUCGGUAGCAGGUACUUCUGUUUGGAUUGUUUAGUUAUAGAGGUUGUCUUGACUCUAAUCCCAUAAUUGUUGGUCUGCGACUGUUAUGAUUGUGUGCCAAGUUCAUGGACCAUAGUCAUGUUUUGCUGCAUCAAAUCGUCUG